GACCAGGGGUGGACUGACCAUUUGGAAACUCGGGCACUGCCCGAGGGCCCCGGGGUCAGUAGGGGCCCCAUGAGAUGCCCCUGGUACCUUUUUCAUAGGCUUUUUUGAGUUUGGGCAAGGACACAGGGGCCCCAUGAUCCCCUAUUUCCCGGGGGCCCCAUGAGUUGUCAGUCUGCCCCCGCUCUGGACACACCCUUUUUAAAUUGCUGUCAUUCAGUGCCCAUCAGUGCUGCUAAUCUGUGCUCAUCAGUGCUGCCAAUCUGUGCCCAU